GUCAAGCUGGGAGCUGCCCGACCUGCGAGAAGGAAGAGUAAAAGCCAUCAGCGAUUCGGAUGGUGUGAGCUACCCCUGGUACGGAAACACCACAGAAACUGUGACCCUGGUCGGGCCAACUAACAAGAUCUCCAGGUUUUCGGUGAGCAUGAAUGACAAUUUCUACCCCAGCGUGACGUGGGCUGUCCCUGUGAGCAACAGUAACGUGCCGCUGCUGACCAGGAUUAAAAGGGACCAGAGCUUUACCACGUGGCUGGUGGCCAUGAACACCACCACCAAGGAAAAGAUCAUCUUGCAGACUAUAAAGUGGAGGAUGCGAGUGGACAUUGAGGUUGAUCCCAUGCAGCUGCUGGGGCAGCGGGCACGGCUGGUGGGAAGGACUCAGCAGGAGCAACCCCGGAUCCUCAGCAGGAUGGAGCCCAUCCCACCCAACGCACUAGUGAAACCCAAUGCCAACGAUGCCCAAGUCCUCAUGUGGAGACCCAAGCGAGGACAGCCUAUAGUCGUGAUACCUCCCAAGUAG